UCGCAGACGCGCUACUGCAGCAGCACUGAGCGGCGCGCGCGUCACGUUACGAGUUCACAAAGACUAAUUCAGUUUCCACCCGUUAGAGCCACGGAAGGACGUGUUAUUCUCUGCUAUUGACCGUUUCGAUCUGUGAGCAUCGCGGAUCAGUGUGUGUGAGCGAGAGACAGCAUCAUCAGCAUCAUCAGCAUCAGCAUCAUCAGCAUCAUCAGCAUCAGCGGAGGACAAAGACGCAGAAAUGGGUCACAGCAGCGGCUGAUCUCAGGGUCUGUCUCUUCAGCUCAGUGCUCCUCAAGCGUCACGUCAUGUUCCUCAGCUGCUGUGUUCUGCUGCUGAGUCUGCUGCUGCGCGUCUGCGGCGGGACGCUGGACCCCGACAGAGAGAUGUGUUACUCUCGGCAGCAUCGGGACGCUGCUGUAAACACACACGUGGCUCUGGAUCAGAAGGGAACCGUCAUGGAGGCCCGAGCCAAGCCUUCAGAGAAAGACUGCAUCCUGACCUGCUGCUCGGAGGACGUGGCUCCAGGGCUGAAGUGUAAUCUGGUGGUGUAUAAACCAGCGGAGCGGCCCGGAGAUCUCAACUGUGAGCUCUUCCACUGUCCGGGCGACAGAGACUGUCCGCUGAUGACCGCCGGCGCCGGAGUCAACACCUACAACAUAUUCAAGGGUUUAACUCAUCCAACAACUAAAGGAAGUGGAAGAAUUACAGCCAAACUUGCAGCGCCUCAGCCGACCACCACCACAACUACACCCACCACCACAACUACACCCACCACCAUGACUAAACCCAUAACUACACCCACCACCAUGACUAAACCCAUAACUACACCCACCACCAUGUAUAAACCCAUAACUACACCCACCACCACAACUACACCCACGACUACACCCACCACCACAACUACACCCAUUACACCACGACACAACUACCACCAUGACUAA